GCAUUCAUGAUUCAGGGAUGCUUGAAAUAUCUCCAAGCUUUCGUGCCAAAUGUAUGAUGGGCAAACUAAGCCCUUAUAUCUUCAGCGGUUCUCUCUAUUGUGUUGGAAAACUUGGGAGGAUUUCAAGGGGCUCAAAUUAUGUCAGCACCUUGAUCCUAAACCAGAAAUUUGAGUAGUUUCUCCUCUGCUGAAUGUUUUAUGAUGAGAUCUGGAUGUCUUGGAACUGCUGGAACUGAAACAUUUAAAGAGCAUUCUUUUAUCUAGACAGCUGGAAUAGUAAUGGUUACCAGUCAGAACCUCUUGUCAUGAGCACAGUAGAUAACUAGUACAUGCUAGCAAUAUUUUGGCUGUUAUUGGGAUCCUACAAAUCUCAGUGUCAAAUAUUACUGUACAAACACUUUGCUGAGGAUAAAGGGCUGCAAACAAAAUAGAAUAGAGAAUUCAAAAAUACUCGAAAUGGAGAACUUUUGUAUGGUGCCAUUGUUCCAGAGUACUCUAUUGUAAGUAAAGUACCAAAUGCAGAUUUAUAGCUGUUCAGUGGAGAAAGCAUUGGCUUUUACCUGGAAAGAACCAACAGAUCAACCCUUUCCAUUUGUUCUCAAUGCUCUUGCUUUUGUGAAAAUGCUAAAGGACUUGGUUGAUCCAAUAAUCUACUGAAAGUUAACAAAUGUAGUGGAGAGAAAUCAGCAACAAGAUCACUGUGUACGUAAAGAUUGCUCCUGGAGUGGUCUUAAUAGCAUCCAUGAGGGAACUGGUUCUCGAGGUGCUUGCAGAUUUACAGGGUCCUUAUAUAUCUUAUCUUAAAAGACUACAGUUUUCUGGAUUUAUCAGAGGAUGGCAUAACCAGAGAAGUGCUCAAUUGACCUUGUUUGAGAAAUUUAGAAGGAAACAAGCUUUCCGGCUUUCUUCCACCAAACUCAUGGUCAAGGAAUAUAUCAACUUAUUCAGUAUGUGAGAGGAGAAGAAAAACAAGUCUGUUGUUCCACUGGAAACAUCAGCUACAACAUUUGUCUUCUUAACUGCAAGUACCUACAUUUUGGUCCCUAGACGGAGUAGACAAAUAAAUAAAUGACAAGAUGUAAAGAAGUUGAAUGCUGAAAAAGAGAACAAGAUGGGUACAAUUACUUUGAAGUCAAAGAACGGAAAAUUUACAUCAUGUGAAUUUGUGAAAAUUACCAAUAUCUUUGAGAGAGACAUCAGAAGAGGGGCAUGGGAACACUUUAAUGAUUACUUAGAUGAUGAUUCUUAAGUAGCCUAUAGCCGUAGAGAUGCUAUCUCAUCAUCCGGUCAAGGGUACAAGGAGUUUCUUGUAGAGAUCAUCAGCAAAAAAAUUGUCUCUGCUUUGUUUUCAAGCCUUGAAGAAAAUUUUCAUUGGAAAAGGAGACUCAACUAAAGAAGUGUUUCUCUCUGCAAUUUGCAUCAAUACAAUUAUUAAGCCUUGUUUGCUGGAAUAUUUUCUAGUCCUCCUUAAUUUGUGGGGUGACUCUUAAUGGUUUGCAAGCUGAGUUGCAGUACAAGAUAGCUGAAAAACUGAAGAGACUGAAAUCGGAGUUUUCUCUCCCUUUAACUGUCAUACUUAUUUGGAAAAGCUUGAGAACGAGGUAGAAUCUUGAGAUUUCAUUAUGUAUGCCUCCAGUUCCAUCCAGGGAAGUGAGAUUGAUGUUGUUAUACUUUCCAUCUGGAGGAAAACUCUAUAAGUCUGCAAUUUUUCAUAGUGGAGUUUUUUUAUUUGGACUAGGUCCUGUCGUUUUUUCCUUUUUUGGGUUUUUCCCGUUGAAAAUUCUUGACGCUGAUUUUACCAUUGUUG